CUCUGAAAAUGAGAAAUGUGUCAAUGGGAAGCGCGUUGCCCAGCUCUCAUCUCCUUUCUCACAGUCAUUGCAACCGUAUUGACCGUAGCCCAGGGUCAACAGCAUAAGAUGUUCCUGACCGUGGAUCAAUCCCAACCGCCACAGCGCCUACCGCCUGAUUAUGUGAAGGGAGUACUGAGCCUGAAGAGCAGGCUGCUGUCCAACAAGCCGGUCUUGGGUUACUCUGCUAAUCAUCUGGUUGGUGGUAAUCCUGUUCCUGUUCUUGGAAUCAGACCCGAUAUGAGGUAUUCGCCCCAAUUAGAGGUACAGCAGUCACAGAGUCCGCAAGGCCAGCCGCUCCAGGAGAUUCAGGUUGAGCCCGUUGCCAGUCUGAGGCCAUCUCUGCUAGCUCACAGACCUUCUGUUCACUCCCAGAUGCCGUCGGUGAAGUUGAAUCGUUAUAGCCAGGAGUUCCCACCAGCCCACCUAUUCCAGCCGCCCUUUGUUCCGAUGCCAAAAAAACAGGAGGCACAGGAUCCGCCGCCAACAGCCGAACAAUUGGAGUUGCUGCAACAGUUGUCCCAGUUUUUUGGCCAACGGCAGCCAGGGCAACAACAGGUGCAAUCGCAGGAGUCGGUGGUCGUGAAAUGCGCUCAGGAAAACGGCGAGGAUGGAGGUCAGUGCGGCACUGAAACGACUACCGAGUGUUGUGAAAACACAAAGGAACCCAACAGGAACGCAGAGAAGGAUUCGAUUACCGUCGAUGUGAAGAACAAGGAGCAGGAAGUGACUACCACCAGCACAACAGCAGCGCCGAAGCCUCCGGUGACCGCCAAACAAACAAACGCCACCAAGCCGAGUACCACUCAGAAGCCUGCGACGACCCAAGCUACCAAACUGCCCUGUUGCAAAAAGCAAAAGAUUCAGGGCAUUGACGAGUCUCCCAAUGUCAUAAGCUUUUCUCUGAACAUUCAAAAUGAUAAGGCCGAGCAGACGAAGUCCUUGCAACAGAUGCCUCGAAGUGGUAGGCACGUUAUUCAGCCCGAUUUGCGAAUAAAUGCCCUCACCAACUUACUGAGAUAUCGCAGAAAGAGUGCCAAGGAUGUAGCUCUAUAUGCCAAGCCUUUAUCUUCUCUUAAAGAUCAGGAAUUGCAGGUGCGAAGUCGAGUGAAGAGGAAAAAGGAUAAGAUCAUAGACAAAAAGCAACUUCUCCAAGCUGAGUUAAAAAUCUGGCCCAUAAGCGUACGAUCAAAAAUGGUAGAGAGGUUACAUUGAUUGUGAAAUAAGUAUAUUUUUUAAAGUUUAAAAUAAAGAUUCUUUAACCACUCCUAACAA